UAUUUUUCAGAUGAGGAAAUGGAGGCACAUAUGGUGGCAUACCUGAGUUUAUACAAGGAGCUAAAGUUAGAGUAGAGCUCAAGUUAGAGCCCAGUUCACUAGGCUUCCCAAACCAACUCUAAGUAUGAAAUAGUUCUGCUUGCAGUAGGGUUGAAGUGAUGCUGUAGCCAAGAUGGUCCAGGAAAUGUGAAGCAAGGAUUUAUAAUCUGAAGAAGAAUGCAAUUGAUUUGAAAGCUUGUGUGCCCCAGCCAUGCAGUUGGUCCAGUGAAGGAUAUCGCCCACAUAGAUCCUUGCCUCCACUGGCCUCUGCUUGCAGUAAUAAUUAUUAGCAGUUAGAGUCCUUACAUGACUAGAACUCCAAGCUGUGUAAAAGAAACAGGCACUUCUCAUUCCUAGAAAGGAUACAUUGUCAAGGAUUUUAACAUCAAUUAGAAGGCUAGUGCAAUAAGCUUUGCUUUGAAUUGUUAAGAUAAGCUGUAGCUUUAAUAUCAACAGGGCCAGGAGAGAGGGUGGAAGAACGCUGUCUAUGGAAUUGCCUCCAACUUUAUUCCUUUCUUUAAGUAAACUAUUUUUAUUUGCUUGGAGUCACCGCAGCUGUGCGCCGCCAACAACAACAAAUAUCCGCAAAGGUUUCUUCAAAUAAAUGGGUUUGGAUAAGGACUAAUCUAAUUCUCUAGACUUGUUUCCUCAGACCUUCCUUAACAUUGCAUGUGUAUGACAGGGAACUGUGCUGUGCUUCUGCAAGGCCAAGACAUGUGACGUGUUUGUGGACUGCGACCUGCUCCAGAAUGUCCAGGGCUUCUCCCUUGUGAUGCGAUAGAAUUCCCAGAGCCCCUCUGCCAAUCGCAGUGCUGCGGGCCAGGAAACGAGGACCGCUGGGUACUGGGACCUCAUUUCAACAUUGCUACCAGAAGUGGCUGUAAAAGCGGGCGAGUUCAGCUCGGUGAGAAACAGCACCUCCAUGCCUCAGGAUGAGGAGGGCCCAGAGAUGGCCUGUCUCAGCUCAUCUGCAUACUAAAGAAACGAGGCGAUGAAGCCCAAAUGCGUUGCAAGGCACUGGAACAGCUCAAUGUGGAACUGGAGGAGCUGAGGAUGAAGGAUGCUGCAAACCUGAAAAGCCAGACCCAGCGGGCUCAACAGCUGGAGGAGCGCUUUAUGGACCUGGCUGCCAACCACGAGGACAUGAUCUACUUCAAGGAUGAGCACAAGCGACAGAACAUGCAGCUGAGGGAGGAAAAUAAGCGUCUCAGAGAGGAGAACCAGAGUCUCUUCAGCCAGGCCCUUAGGGAGAAGGAGGCUGAGAUACUUCAGCUAGCUUCCCAGGAGAAGAUGGUCUCUCGAGAACUGGGUGCCUUAAAGGAGACCUGGGCUCAAGAGAGAGAGCGAGCUCGGGAGCGAGAGAAGGAGCUGCUUGAAGUUCAGAGCCAACAAGCCAGUGAUCAUGCCAGGGAAGUUCAUUCACUGAGAAGCCAGGUACAAACCCUGGAGAAGUACCAGCAAGUGAUUGCACAGCUGGAGCAGGCAGAAAAGCAGCAAAGAGUUGAGGGCAAUGAGUUGCAGGCCAAGCUGGACAGGGUGAGCCGGGAGAAGGAG